UCGCCAGAAGCUUUGUAAUCUAACACGUCUCUGAAACUCUUGAAACCUCAAGACUGUUUACAGUGGACAUGUGAACAAGGGCUGACAUAAACAAGGCAACCCAGUCUUGCUUAGCCGAGUUUGCUCAAGAUUGCUGGCGUGGACGCACUUAAACAUGGAUCGUCUUCAUUCUGCCUUCGAAGGUGCUUGUCGAAAGCUAGGCUUAAAGAGAGUCUAUUAUAAGAAGCGCGAGGUGUGUUUCAAAAUAAAGGCGAUGGGAUUGGCUGGGAUGCCUGUGGAUGGUGUUCAAGCAAGCCAUGCCAAGGCGGCAGUAGCUGAGUUGGUUAGAAUCUGGGACAAGGGAGACUCUUUGAAUGUUAUUCUUACCAUAUCUGCAAGUAAAGGAUUGCGAAUUAAAGACAAGAGGGGCAAAGAGUUACUCUGCUACAAAAUCUACAAUAUCGCUAAUUGCACAGUUCACAAGGAAAGCCCAGAUGUUUUCUUGUUUAUGGCAAGGCAGAGAGAUACAGAAAUCAAUUGUCAUGCAUUUUACUGCAGUGACGAAGUGCAGGCAGAAGCAAUUUGCUUGUGUUUGUCCAGUGCUUUCCAUAAAGCUUUCGAGGCAUGGGUACGUCUAAAUGGGAUCCCGCCAAACCCUUUAGACCCCAAUCAAAAGACGGAACCACAAAAGGAGGAACCUUCCAGUCCUAAACAAACUGUGGACGUGGAUGUAAAGGAACAGCAUUCAGAGAAGGAAGAAAUUUUCUCUUUUUCUUCUACUUCGCAACCGAAAAGAAAUUUCGAAAAUGGGCGACGACCAAGUACUCUUAGUGAGGCUUCAGCUUUCAGCUUCAACAGCCAAGCAGAUGAGGCCUUCGCAACACUUCUUGCGGUCGAGGAGGGAGAUGAGACACCACAAGUACCGGUUAUAAGAACAGAGUAUAACUGGGCUAAUUUCGAGGAAAAGCAGAAGGUUUUAUCCCUGCUGAAUGGCGAGGACGUCGAAUGGGAAGAUGAUUCUCAAUGCUAAGAAAUUUAUUAUAUGAAGAACCGUUUUUUAAAAUGCGACUUGUUUAGAAAUUUGUUUUGACCUGCUACUUAAAUUGGGCCACUUUUCGCCUUUUUCAGCAGAAAUUUUGAGCAAAUUCCUGUUUUAUAUAACCGCCUACACGCUAUGUAACAGAUAUAUUCUAAAAUUGAAAGAUCAGUACUACAGAGCAAAACCAAUUUUCAAAUAUAAUCAGCUAAUCUAACGAUUAGCAAAGGAACUUUUUUGAAGGAAAGUUUCUCAGUUUCUUGUUUGGGUUUUUGAAAUUAAUUAAAAAGCGCAUGUGUGGAGCUAUUUAUUUGGCUUGCACAGUGUACUUUUGGAAAUUUUUUAGAUUUGGCCCUUUAUGCGACUUUUGGCCUGAAUUGGUUACCCGUCUGGUCUUUUGUAAAUCCCAUCUUGCAACCCUGACUCUGAGAAUUCAGUAUUUUAUCAUUUUACACCUAGUAUUAGUCAAUUUUUAUUAUUGCUUACUGUUUUGACAACAAUAUCUUUGACUUUAUGCUAUAGCACUGAUCUAGUUAUUAUGAACCUAUUUACGA